GAACCUCUGGCGUGGCGAACAAUGAUCCGAGAGGCGCGUUUGCCUCAAUGCUGGCGGAGCGCAACGGGAAGCCAUUGCCCGCGGGAAGACAAAGCUGGAACUCCAACACGAAGGGAAACUCUCUGGCCCCGGACCAGGAUGCGGGCGACGCCUUGGACACGAAGCGGCGAAACUGGUCGCAAGUUCGGGAUGUAAUUAAGCUGAAGAAUUUCACGCGCAGUCUCUUACUGAAAAAGAAGAGAGGAGCGCAAAACGGCGAUCAAGGCAAUACUACAGGAGAUGGAAGAACAAGUCCCUCAUCUUUGGCUACGCCCAGCGGGACGAGGAGAAAUCGCGUGUCUAUUUCCCCUGACGCUCUCGGUGGCGCGGGGGCUGGGGAUGAAGAGGAAGAUCAUGAGGGCGCGGUUGGAGCUUUGGUGGGCCUGCACGCCGGGGACUUUGUUGAUCACCACUCCGAGAACGUUCCGAGGAUCGAACCCCCGGUUCUGCUGCCACUGAAGAUAUGCGUAGCCCGCAGCGUUGUCGAUGCGAACGAGGAGGAAAGUUGGGAUAGCGGUAGCCAAAGUCCGGACGCGAAGAGUGAUACCGCGACAGAGCCUCUCUCAUCACCUGUGGCUCGACCCACGGGCAUUUUGCGCCGUCAACGGAUUACAGAAGGACCGGACGAUGGGCCUCCCGGUGGAGGGUUGCUAGAAGGCGGAGGCGCUCUCGGAGGAGCAGGCAGUGGCUUCCUGGGUCGAAAAUCC